UAUUAUUUCGCCAAUCCCCUUUAUGAAACGUGAAAUUUUUAGUAUUUACCCUAUCAAUGUCUCGUGGUGCUAUAUAUGAUAUUGUCUGUUUUCUUAAAAAAUCAUGCAACGCGCAGCAAGCUAAGACAAUAGGAUCCACAUUAUUACACGAAAUACUCUAAACCUUGAGGACAAGAUCCCAAAACCAUUUGCAACCACCCUGCGGGCUCGAGAGAGGCGAUAAUUAAAUAUCCGUUGGUCGUGGAUAAUAUUUUUAAAUGAAAAUGGUUUCAUGAAAUUAUUUUUUAAAGCAAAAUCACUGUCACCUAAAAAGACAUACGGCACUGCAAUAUCUGUGCUUGGUAGUAUAGAAGAAUGUGGUAAAUUCAACUCAUUAUUUUCAAGAUUUUUGUAAAAACCUGUUUAUUUCCAGAUCCAUAAGUUGCAGUGUGUAGGUAAAUAAAUUCGUAGUUGGCAUUAACGAUAGCAAAUAAUACUACAAUGAAAAAUCCUUUAUAAUUAUAGUAUAAUGAACCACUUCCAGGUGGUUUUUGAAUGAUAAUGUGUUUUCCAUCACAUGUACCAUCACAAUUGUUGAAAUUCCACUUAGAUUCAAAUUGAGCUACUAUAGCUUUCCCCUCUUCUUCUGAUUGAGGUACCUGCAACAAAAAUAAUCACUGUUUAUCAUCUUUCAGGAAUCACCAUUGUCACCAGGCGAAGAAAAUGAAAGUCCAAAUAUAUCCGGAACAAAAUCAAAAAAGUGAAAAAAUACAUUAAUUUCAAAACAAGAAAAGAUACUGGAUAUAGCAAGGUAGUAUUAAAAUGAUUGAAUAUAAAUUCAUAUUCAGGGUAUGAUGGUGUAAUAAAUACUCAUUAUGAUUAUGUAUUGUCGUACGGAAAUACUAAAUGGGCGAAAGACUGAGGGCGAACAUAAAUAUUGAAAAUGGCAAUUAAAAUUACAUAUUUGAGAUAUGAGUACAAAUUUAUAUUUGAGUACCAAUUUUGCAGCUUACAUAAUAUGCUGUUGUUUUUUACUUUUUAUUUUGUUAUGUUGUUUUAAAGCAACUAUUCUUUUGUACACAACAAGAACAAAUAAAUGGGCAGUAAAGUCUCAUUAACAGUCAUCCAUUAAUUAUUUAUAUGCACCAUUAAUAAUUCCCCAUUAUUUCUCAGUUACUUCGACCACUAUGAAACACGCCAUUGCAUCUUUUAGCACUCAUGCGGUUGCAUUUUCGAGCACUGCAAGCCAAGAUUCACCACAAGGUAAUACCGAGUGCUUCAAAAAAAUGUAUACACACUUUAAACUAUUGUAGUUUUUCCGCUCUACAAGGCUAAUGUUAUAUUUCUUCGCCAGGUGCCAGCAUAAUCGUCCCUCUAUGUUAUAUUAUCAGUUGGAAUUUGUAAUAUCAACAUGGGGGACGUACGUUUGAGUUUUGAAGAACGUUAGCAGGUUAUUAAGUGGUACUGGAAGUUUGAGAAUGUAAAUGAAGUUCAAAGACAGUGGAGAAGGGAGUAUGAUACAGAACCACCUUCAAGAUUAACAAUUACACGCAUACGAGACAAAUUCGAAGUUCAUGGAACAGUGUGUGAUGUGCAUAAAGGUCAUUCAGGUCGGCCUCGAACAGCUACAAGUGAUGAGUCAUCAACGGCAGUCUUGGAACUGUUUCAACGCUCUCCUGACAAAUCUUCAAGGCAAGGGGCACGUGAAAGUGAUGUAAGUGCUAGCAGCGUGCUACGCAUUCUGAAGAGAGGCAAGUAUCGUGUUUACAUUCCAAGGCUGGUGCAACAGCUAAAUGACGACGAUCCAGAUCGAAGGUUGCAAUUUUGUGAAUGGAUUCAGGAGAUGGUGAUACGUGAACCGGGAUUUAUGGGUAGCAUCAUUUGGUCGGAUGAAGCCCAAUUCAAACUUAAUGGAACUGUCAAUAGGCACAAUUGUGUUUACUGGGGUGAAGAAAAUCCUCACAUUACAAUUGAAAAUGCUGUAAAUUUGCCUGGUAUAAAUGUGUGGUGCGGUUUGUCUUCAAGGGGACUCAUUGGACCUAUUCGAUUUGAAGGCACUGUAACUGGUAUUAAUUACCUAACAAUGCUUGCUGAUUCCAUAUUUCCUGCCAUUCGUGCAUUAUACGGUAAUGAUGAUUUUUAUUUUCAACAAGAUGGUGCUCCGCCGCAUUAUCACAGGGACGUACGAGCUUACCUGGAUCAAAAUUUGUCGGGCCAGUGGAUAGGACGCAGGGGGCCAAUCGAGUUUCCAGCACGCUCUCCAGACCUUACACCACUGGAUUUCUUCUUGUGGGGCACAGUAAAAGAUGAGGUGUACAAACGUAAACCACGUAACCUAGACAUUCUUUGGAAUGAGAUUCAAGCAGUGUGUAGAGAAAUCUCAUUGGACGUUUUGAUACGAUGUACAAAAUCUGUGGUGACUCGUACUCAGAAUUGUAUUGAUGCUGCAGGUCACCAAUUUGAACAGUAUUAACAUUUGUUAUUUAUGUUUCAUUUACAUUGGACUUUCAGCUUUCUAUUUUCCUGAAAUUUAACUUUGUAGAACGGUAAAUAAAUUUUCUAUGGAAGUUCAAAGUGUGUAUACAUUUUUUUGAAGCACCCGGUAUUAUAAAUCAAAACUGUACUCAUAAAAUUUAAAGUACCUGAGAUUAUUUCGUUUAAUAUGUAAGAUUGUUACCAAUACAAUCUAUUUUUUUUAUUUAAUUUUUUUAUUGCACACCAUACAAAAUUUACAAAUCUAUAUAAUAUAUUCCAGAUUCAUCAUGUAAAACACCAAGAAAGUUGUUGAAACGGACAUUAUUAAGAAAUUUCAACUCACUAACUCCAAGAUGCCAACUAUUUUAUAAAGAAUAUAAAAAGGCGAAACGUCAAAUUGAUUAUAGAUACAAAACCAAAAAAGCAUUGGGCUUCCGUAAAGAAAAAUCUUUAGAAGAGCUGACUAAAAACAUGACUCCCUUGACUAAAAAAAGUUUUGUGGCUGCAAGUUAAACUCUGUACAAAAAAUAAAAAGUCCCGCAGGUUUAGAAGAGAGGAGAAGCUCAUAACUCUUUCCAUUUAUAAGCAAGGCCCUAAGUCAUACAAGUUUCUGCAAAAAAUAUUUAUUUUUCCUUCUAAAAUUACAUUGAAGAAAAUGAUAAGCCAAUUAAAUAUUGACACUGGAAUAAAUCUAGAAAUUUUUAAACAUAUGAGCAAACAGGUAAAAAUCUUUAAAUUACCCUACUUCCUACUAAUAUUAUAAAUGCUUUGUUACUCUUUCACGCAAAAACUACUGAACGGAUUUUGAUGAAAGGAGACAAUUUCAAAAACUCGCCUCGUGCUACGUACGCCCGAGCGCACGUACUUAGUUUGUCUCCGUGCAUUUUAUUAUUUUUAAGGGUUAAAAGUGGAUUAUUCUUACAAAAAAAUAUACCAAUCGAUUCCUUUUAAAUAACUGAGAAGACUGUGUAGAUUUAACAUUCAACAAAAGUGAUAUUAGUGUAUAAAUAACGGCUCAAACGUGUUUGGUUGUAUCAAACAAAAAGUGUUAUGUGACGUGUAUGACUCAUCGGGCGAUCGCGUUCGAAAGCAACUAUUACCAUAUAAGGUCAUAAAACGACUCAAACGCAAUUUGAUGGUGCAACCUGUACAGACUUUUCGUCAUAAGUGCAUGUCGUUACCGUAGCUCAACGGUCACAGCGUCGAACCGAGACAUAAUUAACGGCCGGAAAGUGGUGGUUCAAACCCGGUUGACCUAACUGUGUUACUUUUUUAUUUUUUAUUUUAAUUUUUCUUUUCUUUUUGCUGAAAUGUCGCC